GCAAAGGAACUGAAAAACACUUGAAUGAGCAGCGGCCAUACCGUUUACGUCGAUUAAUCUCUGGAGAUUUUCUCUGUUAGGAUCAAUUGUUAAUCAUCUCUACAAUUUCAGAGAGAGAGAGAGAGAGGAAACGAGAGGUGGUGUGGCCGAUUAAGGAGGGAUUGUGAAGGUUCUAGGGUUUCCCACUCCGAUCGGCGGAUAAAGUGCAAGGGAGAAAUCUGCAUUGUGGGGAAUGGAAGAAUCAAUAGAAGUUGAAGACUCAGAAUUUGUGUGGGGUAAAAAGAGAGGAAUUGGUGGAAAAAAGAAAGAUGUUCAAUUCUAUGAAUCCUUCACUUAUGAUGGUGAAGAAUACCGUCUUUAUGACUGUGUCUUAGCCUGUAAGGAAGGUGAACCUGAGCCCUUUGUUGGCAAAAUCAUCAAAAUUUGGGAACAUCCGCGGAUGGAAAAUGGAAGGCGAGUCAAGUUGCUCUGGUUCUUUAAACCUUCUGAGAUUUCGUCGUAUCUUGAAGGAGUUUUAGAUAUACUUCCAAACGAACUGUUUCUGGCUUCAGGUAAAGGUGACGGCCUCACAGAUGUUAACCCAUUGGAAGCGAUUGGUGGAAAAUGCUCUGUCCUGUGCAUCUCGAAGGACAAAAGAAAUCCACAACCUUCGGACGAAGAAAUCAAGAAUGCACACUUUGUCUUUCGCCGAACAUUUGAUGUUUUAAGGUGCAAGGUUUUGGACCAGAUAGAUGACAAAAUUGCUGAAAUUGACGUUAAAUUUAUCUUUAACAGAACCAGUGAGAACAAAUCAAGCGCUGCAGAGAAAGUUGUAGCAGACAUAACCGUAAGUCCAGAUAGUGUGAAACCGGAGUGUCCAUCAACUAGUGCUUUAGUGAGGCUUAACCAACUGGGGUCUAGUGAAUCUCCCAGCUGUGGGGAAAAUGGUCUAAGUGGCAAGAAAGCAAAAGAACAUGAAGGUCACAAGCAGAUGGCUAGAAAAAAAUCUAUACAUGCAGUAGAAGUGUCUACCAAGGAUUCUGUUGGACGGGAUGUCGAGGGUCAUACUGACUGUGAUUCUUCUGAAGCAUCUGUCUCUCGGAGAGAUCAUUGGGAUGGCAAGAAAGCUGAAGAAAGUAAAGUUAGAAAACAUUUGACGAAACAAAAAUCUGUGGUUGAAGAAAAAGAGUCUACCAAAGAUUCUGGUGAACGGGAUGGCAGGUCUCAUAGUGAACGUGGUUCUUCUGGAGUAUCUGGUUCACCAAGGAGUCAUUGGGAUGGCAAGAAAGUUCAGGAAUGUAAAACUCAGAAACGACUUAGUAAACAAAAAUCUAUGGUCGGAGAAGAAAGGUAUAGUAAAGAUCCUGAUGGGUUGGGUCAGAGGCCUCAUAAGAAACAGAAGCUAGAUGGCUCUGGUGCAGUAUCUGGUGGCAGAAGUAUAGAAAUUCUACAAAAAAUAAGUUCCAAUGGUGCAAAGGAUAUAAAAUCUGUUAGUAGUCACAGAGACAUUGUCACAAAAAGGGAGGUACUUUCCCAGAGACCCAGCUUUGUUGACAAGAAGCAAGGUCUGCAGGUAACAAGUGGUUAUGAUGGAAAAGUCACAAAAACUGUUGCUCCUGUUGUCAGGCCUAUAGAUAAAGCUCCAAUAGGAAAAAGUCUUUCUAAGAAACUGAGCUCUGAUGAACAACUAUCAAAACGCACUGAGGGCAAGAUUUUGACAGAAGAUGACUACAAAAGAAAUCAUCAAGUGAUUGAAGUGACCCGGAGACCUGAUGCUGAAAGACGCAAAUGGUUCAGAGAUCUUGCAUGGGAAGAAAGAAUGAGGGGUGCGGAAGAGCAUGGAACAUUGGUUCUUCUUCAAAACUUGGAUCCUACUUAUACGUCUGAUGAAGUGGAGGAUAUAGUAUAUUCUGCUUUGAAGGAACAGUGCACUGCGAGGAUGAUAGCACGGACAUCAAUUAGUAUUCCUCAUAUUGGUGAAGCUUUGCUCAUAUUCAAAAGGAGAGAAAUAGCGGAGAAAGUGGUCCAAAGACUAAAGGACGGGUGCUUGAUGCUAUCAAAUGGGAGGCCCCUUGUUGCUACCUUUGCUAAGCUUGCUCCUCCCGGGAAACCCUCGUCAUUCUUCGGCCAUUUCAAAGUCAAAACCCAAAUGCAGCGAGAUAUGAGAGAUGCUGUCGCUACAUCACAUUGUUCUCAGCCGAACACCGUUGAGUAUGAUAUGGCCAUGGAAUGGUGCUUGCACCAAUCUAGAUACGAUGCUGCAUGGGAAAAGUUAUUGAAGCAACAAAGGGAAGAAAUUAAGAAGUUACGGGUCGAUUUCAAGCAUAAGACUUCCUUAGCUUCAGAAACCUCCGGUCCUUCUUCUAAUCUCAAGGUGGCAGUCACAGAUCGUACAUGAGAGCUCCGCUCUUUGGAUCUUUCCCUUGGCCUCUUAGACAGCAAACGGCUUUUGUACUCUGGAGAUGUCAUGCUUGGGAACAUGAUUUUGUGUCCGACCCACCAAUUUUUGAACGGUAAACUCCUCUUUCCCACAUGAUUAAACCGAGAAAUCGCUGACGCUUGGGCCUUUUGCGUCUUUUGUGUGUUUAGGGACAUAAGAUGAACUUCUGGUCUCAAGCCCCGUGAUCCUUUCACAUCAAUCUGUGAAGGAUCAUUUUUUUUAGUGAACAUCACUUGCAAUAUCAGUAAGUGUUGUUUACCGGAUGGUUUCGCGAUGCGUAAAUCUCAUAUUCUUUUGUCUAGUAGACAUAGAUUUCAUCUGUUUUCAAGCAUUUUGCUCAAUGGAAGGAAGCCCUUCACAAGUU